AUGACCGGCGAAUUUGGCCGGUCGGAUUUAUCGAUGCUCCGAACGCUGCACCGUGUAAGCUGGAAUCGGGGGCGAUGGACCCAUCAAACACUCAGAGAGAGGGAAUCUCCCAUCGUAUCACAGCAUUUCUACGAAAGUUGCCCAGCAGCACGUCUUAAACAAGUCGAGGCAAAACACACCGAGGGCUGCGUCCACAUCAUCGUCGACUGGUUGCCUAUGGUACUCAAAGAGUACUGUGCAAGCCGGGACUACAAGGAAACUACCAGUAGAGAUAUUUGCGCCACGCAGACGUCAUUCAGAAUGUCAGCCGUAGAUGUUUUUGAACCGAUCAGCCAAACUACGGAACGAUUGCACUUUUGUUCCCUCUGCAAAAAGCCGUUCAGUCAGGAAACCUCAUGUGCACGGCACAUCAAAUAUUGCCGGCGCCGCGCUUCUCAGCAACGGCAAUCUCGGCCCCAGGCUUGUCAUACAUGCCGGUUGGCCAAAACAAAAUGCGAUUUCAAAGAUCCAUGCAGUCGUUGUGCCAGAAAGCAGCUUGCGUGCUCCUACGGGGGUAAAGUUGCUCCGAUUCACGACUCUCGUCCCGGUCAAAUUGAGAGAGUGCCCUCUCAUGGGACACUUUCACCCGCUCAUCCGGAAAGCGACAGUGUGACGGGUCUUGGAAGGUCUGAAAACGCACCGCUAUUCUCAUUGGACGAAUUGGCAGACAUCGAUCUCUUCGAUUCCUUCAGCGCAGUAUAUCCACCUUUAGGCGACUUCCAGAGAGGCUCAACUCCACGUAAAGAUCUUUCCCUACCGCACAUCUUCGUUAACGAAGCGGGCAGAGGAAUAAAUCCCUUCGAACCUAGCUCGGCUUCCACUCUCGCCUCAUCUUCUCCCCACUCCCUUCUAUCUCAGACACCACUCUCCCUUGCCGUUCCCAUCACAUCCACAAUCACCCAGCCAACACGACCGCCAACCUUCCUAUCCAACGGCACCCGCAACUUCCUCCUCUCGAUCAUAAACUCCUACCCACGCAUGCUCGCCCAAGGCACCAUCCUCCCCCCCUUCAUCCACCCCCUCGGCAGCCGCCUCCACUUUGACGGCCGUCCCUCUGAUGCCCACACAAUCAACCCUGACUGCUCGAACACUGCCACAACUCAACUCCUAGAACCACUCGAAACACUCACAACCAUCGCCCGCCUCUUCCACUCUCAUCCUCCAUCCAACACCGACUUCCUCUGGCGCACCAUCUCUACCGAAUCAGCGCAAAUUGACUCCACCCUGCGCACUCUCUCCCUCGGAUCAACCCUCGCUGCGCUCCAAUCCACCAUGCUCUAUGGUACUAUGCGCGUCCUCCUCUCAGGCCGUUCCUACGCCGCCAUAAACGCCGGCAUCGUGCGCUCGAUGGAGAAGCUGGCUGCGCGGUGUGUCGCGCUCACGGGUGCGGCGUUCAGCGUGCGGCAUAGGAAGGCGGGUGGAGGUGGAGGGAGGCCGAGCUGGGAGGAGUGGAUCUGCGAGGAAACAAGGAGGAGGGUGUCAGUGGUUUGUUUCAUUACUGCGCUGACGAUUGGGGCGCAGGCGGAUGAUCCGAUCGUCAACCCGAAUAACCACGUUCUGCCGUCUAGUAAGGCGCUUUGGGAGGCGCGGACGAGGGAGGAGUGGGAGGACUUGUAUGAAGGACAAUACACCAGUGACAACCGACCGCGGCUCGAAACAGUCGGUGACCUCGUCAUUGCGAAGCUUGGACGUGGGAGUCGGAACGAGGGGCGUGCAGGUAGAGGCGCCGUAGAUGAGAUGAUACGACACCCAUCUUUCAUCACGUUUUACUACCGCCGCCUAGACCCACGCCAUGUAAAACACUACUUUGCUUUCCGUCAUCCUCCACCACUCAUUGCUCAUCUCCCUUCAUCUCCCUCGCCCUCGCCCUCGCCCUCGCCCUCGCCCUCACUCGCCUCCUCACGCAACACCAACACACAAAGAGGUCUAAACCUAUCAGUGCCCUAUGACCAACACAAGCACACAGUGAGGAGCGACUUACCAAAAGCUCUCAAAGUGACCAGGCCCAGCGCCACACCCACGCCCACAGAGGGCCAGUCCAGUCCAGCUUCAUCUUCGUCACCGACAAUGCAAGGCGCCCGAACGCCGGCUCGGUUCUUGGCGCAGGUGUAGAAUGUCAUCUGCAGUAGCUCUAUCGUUGGUCGUUGAAAGGGACGCUGGGACGGCUUGGUGAGGUGUGGAAAGCAACGGUGACGGUGGUAGUGCUAUCGUCUCCGCGAACGUGAGAUUGCAAACGGCUUGGGAGUUGAGAGUGACGGGCUGGUUGGAACGCGCCAGAUGAGGGUUUUUUUUUUUUUUUUUUUUUUUCGAA